GAACAUUGGACAAGAUGGAAAGCGAUGGAAGACGCGCGAACCUUACGCGUGAGGGGGGACUCAGCCCGUGAGAACAUAAAUCCGCCCUUCUCCUCCGCCCCGUUUCUCACAACACAACCGCUUCAACCACCAAAGAUGAUCUCCCACACAAGCCCCAACCCACGAACCUACUUCGACAUAACAAUCGGGGGCACCCCCGCCGGCCGCAUCGUCUUUGAGCUCUACAAGGAUGUCGUGCCCAAGACCGCCGAGAACUUCCGCGCGCUGUGUACGGGCGAGGUCAACUCCAAGACUCGCGGGGUGCCGCUGACGUUCAAGGGAAGCGCUUUUCAUAGGGUCAUUAAAGGGUUCAUGAUUCAGGGGGGCGACUUCACAGCGGGCAACGGAACGGGCGGCGAGAGUAUCUACGGCGAAAAGUUCGAGGAUGAGAAGUUCGAAUAUGUGCACGACAAGCCUGGACUUCUCAGCAUGGCGAAUGCUGGGCCAAACACAAAUGGAAGCCAGUUCUUCGUGACGACCGUCCCAACGCCGCAUCUCAACGGCAAACAUGUCGUGUUUGGUCGUGUGAUCAAGGGCAUGAACAUCGUCCGCCGCAUCGAAAACCUCGAAACCAUCUCCGACAAACCUACCGAACCUGUCGUCAUCGCUUCCUGCGGCGAACUCACCCCAGGACAAGACGACGGCGUCCCCACGCCCACCGACGGCGACGUCUACGAAGAGUACCCCGAAGACAUGCCCGGCGACGCCGACAAGCCCGCCGAGGAGAUGCUCGACAUUGCGGGCAAGGUGAAGGUGUUUGGGAACGAGGCGUUCAAGAAGGCGGAGUACAGGAAGGCGGUAGAGAAGUAUGAGAAGGCAGUGCGGUAUUUGAAUGCGAUACACCCGAGCCCAGAGGAUUUGGAGGAGUUGAGUGUGGAGCAGAAACAGACGUUUUUUGCGAUUAAGGUUUCGUGUUUGUUGAAUAGUGCUAUGUGCCACCUAAAAGUUACCUCCUACCGCCCUGCCGUCGACACAACCACCCAAGUCCUCGACCUCUCCCAAAAACUCGCCCCAUACGCCCCAACAUUCUCCAUCACCCCCUCCGACAAAUGCAAAGCCCACUUCCGUCGCGGGCAGGCCCUCGCGGCCCUCAAGGACACCGACGCGGCGCUGGUGGACUUGCAGGCCGCGCUGGCGAUCACGCCGGAGGAUAAGCUGAUCCAGCGGGAGGUGGCGGUGGUGCAGCGCGCGGUGAAGGAGAGGAAGGAGAGGGAGAAGAAGGCGUAUGCUAAGAUGUUUGCUUAGAGGGUUAGGUAGCGUUGAUAGCAGGCGUAAUGAUAGUUUAGAUGGAUAAUCAUGAUAAAGCAUCUUUACAUACUAUCCAAAAUUACUGGUACAUAGCGAGCACAGAGU